GGGUACUUUCGGGAGCAUGCGCAGCUGAUCACUCGCGAGUACUCGAGUUUGUCGUCUCACCGCGAUUUUCAUGAGUUUUUUCCCCCAGUUUUCCAUCGUGUUUUCUCUGUGAAUUAUUGUGUGAUUUUUCUCGUGUGUACUGUUAUUGAAUCCCCAGAAUCAUGGUCUUCCUUAGGAGCAUAACUGCCCUUGCCAAUAGGACUUUCAUCCGAGGCUUCUCAUCGAAGAUGAAUAAAGUGGCAUUCAGUUGGGAAGAUCCAUUGAAUAUUGAAUCCCAACUAACGGAAGAUGAAAUAGCCGUGAGGGAUUCCUUCAGAAGUUACUGCCAGGAGAGUCUAAUGCCGAGGAUUAUUGAGGCAAAUCGCAAUGAAGUGUUUCACAGGGAAAUUAUGCAGGAAAUCGGGAAGCUCGGUGCUCUCGGAUGUACAAUUCAGGGCUAUGGAUGUGCGGGGGUGUCAAAUGUAGCUUAUGGUCUUCUUGCGCAGGAAAUUGAGCGUGUGGAUUCGGCCUACAGGUCGGCACUGAGUGUGCAGAGUUCCCUCGUAAUGGGGGCCAUCUAUGACUAUGGGACUGAUGAGCAGCGCGAUAAGUACCUCCCACGGCUGGCACGUGGAGACAUUAUUGGCUGCUUUGGCCUCACAGAGCCAAAUCAUGGAAGUGAUCCAGGUGGUUUGGAGACACGUGCCAAGUACGACAGCUCCUCCAAAACUUACAUCCUGUCCGGGAGUAAGACGUGGAUAACAAAUAGCCCAAUUGCGGAUAUUUGUAUUGUUUGGGCAAAGUGUGAUGAUGGGAAAAUUCGUGGAUUCAUCGUUGAUCGAUCUGAGAGCUCCAAAGGACUCGAUACGCCAAAAAUUGAAGGGAAAUUCUCCCUUCGUGCCUCAACAACGGGUAUGAUUCUCAUGGAUGACGUUCGCGUGCCCGAAGGAAAUCUCCUUCCCAGUGUUGAGGGGCUAAAGGGGCCCUUUGGAUGCCUCAAUAAUGCUCGUUAUGGCAUUGCAUGGGGUGCCCUUGGGGCAGCCGAGGCAUGCUUCCACAUUGCCCGUCAGUACACGCUGGAUCGCAAACAAUUCGGUCGCCCAUUGGCUGCUAAUCAGAUUAUCCAACUCAAAUUGGCCAAUAUGAUGACGGACAUCACACUGGGGCUCCAUGCAUGCCUCCAGGUGGGACGCCUCAAAGAUCAGAAGAAGCACACUCCGGAAAUGAUCUCCCUCAUCAAGAGGAACAACGCAGGGAAAGCCCUUGAAAUUGCCCGAAUUGCCAGAGAUAUGUUGGGUGGGAAUGGGAUUGCGGAUGAAUACCACGUCAUCAGGCAUGCAAUGAACUUGGAGGCAGUUAACACCUACGAAGGAACACAUGAUAUUCAUGCCCUUAUCCUCGGGAGGACAAUAACUGGAAUUCCUGCUUUUUCCUAAAAAAUCAAAUAAGAUUUUCUUUGCAAAUUGAGAGGAAGAUCGUAAAGAGAGAAAAACCCUUAUUCCUGGAAAAUUCACAUCCUCAUCAUCCCGACGCAGGAGUGUUGGUUUAUAUACUCCCAGUUGUUCAGUAAAAAAGAAGAUUAAAUAUUAGUUAAACUGUAGAGAUUUUUACAGGAAGAGAUUCAUUUAAUACAAAUUCUAUUUUUCUUAUAAA